AUGACUACGCAUUCUGAUAAAGACGAUGAUGCUAAUAAAGUGCUUGGUGCCGAAGUACUUGACAUACAACAAAACCAUGGUCACAAAGCCGAGCAAGAUUUCAUCACUAUAAGGAAUAUGCAAAAGAUUACAGGUGUUAGGAUUCAUUCUUCUAGGAAACAGCGAAUGCAAUCCAAUGAUAUGGUUCUCGUUUUGAAUCAGGCGGUUAUGGAAACACUUUUGGCAUUUCUCAACCACUUUCCGUUGUUUGCAUUCAUGCUUAGGUUCAAAGAUUCCGAGCGUUUACCGGGCGGAUUACGAUUUGAAAUUUGUGAUCCCAAUUAUUUUGCGUCUCACGGAAUUGCGAGGGUUGUUCAGGGAAUCAAAUCUUUCUGGCCUUGGUCCGAUCAGCACGUCGCACCGGAUAGCGCCACCUCGGACACAAGCGUCAAAUCACGGUCAAGGAGAAAUCGGGUGGUAACGGCAGCCAAUGUAACCAUUGCCGACUCCGAUUCCCUCUUCAUCAAUUCAACCGCUCAUACGGCGACGCAAUCUUUCCCACCAAGAGUAAGCUAUCUCUUUAUGCAGGUAUAUUGA